UAGCACAGUCUGUCUGCUUCUGAUGCUCUCUGUUGACUCCAUGAUCGUCCAUGAUCGGGACUCCGUUUCUAAUCGCCUGUUGUUGCGGAGACGGAUCAAAGUGAGGAGGGAUCGUCUCCGCGUGCGCACGGAAAAACCUUCCGGCACUUUUUCCCGUGUUGUGACGUCCUCAGCUUCUUGGAUCCGGAGUUUAGUUAUCCUAUUUUUCUGAUAAUCGCUCGUCAACGCCGCCAACCUGAAGUUCAUUGUCAUCAUCUUGGCCGCCGGAAUGGUGGCCUUCAUCGGAGCCGUUAUCUGCAUCAUCGCCGCCGUCCACACCGGCUCCUCCAAGGCUGCGGCACAGCAGCAGCCGGCGGCCGACAACCACUCGCUGUAUCCGGACGCCGUGGGGCAGAGCUCCGCCGCAGUGGGCUCCGUGGCGCGGCCCGGGUCUCUGGGCGCUCUCCAUGGUUCUGAAACGCCCGACUCCGAGGCGCCCACUUUCAACAUCGGGCUCAGCGGGGCGGGCGGCGUGAGCGGGCUCACCGGACACGACCCCACGGUCAGCCGGCUGAUCUGCACGCCGAUCCCCGCGGGCGAGUGCAACAGCAGAAACUUUCAGCAACAAGCGGACGACCCGUCGCUCUACGCCGGCGAAGACUGGGGCUUCCUCCGCACCACCGCGGAGCAGCUCCGCCAAACGGUUCUGCAGCAGAAGGACCAGAUUUUAAGCGACCAGCGGACCAUCAGGGAGCUCACAGGGAAGCUCUCCGACUGCGAGAAGGGGCUGGACGGAAGGAGCAGCCGCGCGAACAGACGCGGCGGCGCCGCGGGGCUGUGGAGGAGCAACGGUCCGGCGGAGGACGCGCACGUGGAGCGCGUCAUGGUGCGGGACAGCCCGGCGUCCGAAACCGAGGGCGCGCACCUGCUCACCGUCAGGGCGGUGGAUGAGCUGGAGCAGGCGAUCACGCAGCUCAAAGACCGCAUAGAGAAGCUGGAGGCGGACAUCGGCCCAUUUCCACACAACCAAACGGAGAGCAGCAUCUCUGGAGUCCAGGAGGAAAGCAGGAGGUCCGGCGGCCCAGAAAGGCUGGUGGAGCCUGGGCACGGAGCUGCUGCAGACAGGCCCUGGAGACUGGAGGACCUGGAGGGGGAGCUGGAGAAGAAGGUGGAGCUCCUGGAGAAGGAGAGAAAGGCCCUGAGGCUGGAAACCGUGAAACACAGACAAGAAAUAGAGCUGGGCAUCAAUAAACUGCACCAUCGACUCUCAGGGCUGGAGGAAGGGUCUUCAGCGCAUUCCUUCCCAGAGGGCUACAGACUGUCCUUCCCCACGCGGACCAACUACAUGUACGCCGUGGUGAAGCACGCCGUGCCCAGGCUGCGGGCCUUCACCCUGUGCCUGUGGCUGCGGCCGGCGGACGGAGGCAUGGGGACGCCGCUGUCCUACGCCGUCCCCGAGCAGCCCAACGAGCUGGUGCUGCUGCAGGGGCUGCACACGGCCGAGCUGCUCGUCAACGACAAGGUGGCACCGCUGCCCCUGAACCUGUCCAGAGGCAGCUGGCAGCACAUCUGCGUGAGCUGGAGCCAGAAGGGCGGCGCCUGGCAGGCCUACCAGGGGGGCAAGCUGAGGGGCGAGGGCCGCGCGCUGGCCGCCGGGCACCACGUCAGACCCGGAGGCGUCCUCGUCCUGGGGCAGGAGCAGGACUCCGUGGGCGGGGGCUUCGACGCCUCCCAGGCCCUGGUGGGAGAGCUGUCUCAGGUGGGGCUCUGGGACCGGGUCCUGACCUCGGCCCAGGUGGCCAGCCUGGCCCGCUGCAGCAGAAUAAGCCCGGGCGGCGUGACGUCCUGGACCGAGAGCGGGAUCGAGGUUCACGGCGGCGCCACCAAGGACCCGGGGGAGCCGUGCAGUAAACACAGCAGGAGCUCCCAGUGACCAACGGGAGGAGACGGGGGAGAGAGGGGGGUCAGGGGUGGGGGUGGGGGGGGGGGGGGGGGGGGGGGGGGGGGGCUGCAGGACGAGCUGACGAACGCAAAUGCUGUUUAUACCUGGACAAGCUUUUGUUUAUCUCUCACCUCUAGUGAUAAUCAAUUAACUAAUUCCAUUAUUUGGACCGGCACCGGCUGCAUGUGUCACAUCUGUAAUUGAACUCAUUUAUCCUCGUCUCCCAAUGAGAGCGGUCUUUGUUUAGCAUCUUCUGUGCUAAGCUAAGUUAGCGGCUAAUGAGAUGCUUCCCUCUCACCUGACUCUGAGCAGUUCAGACCAGCGGAGACGCGCUCAGAUUGCUGACCUCCUCCCUGGCAGCCGAAAUCCCUCCACCGCGCACUUAAUUAAGGCCUGUGACAGCCUGCGAGUGGAGGUGAAGUGAUGGAAACGCUGGAGGAAGUGGAGGGAAUGUUAAGCAGCGGAUGAUGAAAGGGGGAGGAAAGCGGGACGGGAGCUCAUUGUCUUCAUCCUGCAUGAUGUGUUUGUGUCGGUGACGUCUGUGUGUCAAAACCCAGGGACAAAGUGUCCUGGUCCAAAAAAACAGAUUCUUAUUCUAGAAAGAAAUUGGCAGUCACUAUUUUUAAUCUGUGCAACUAGUGCAACUAUAGGAGCCAAAGUCAGAGCGACGGGUCCAGUGGAGCUUCUUCAGACGUGAUUCCAGAGGUUUUCAGUGUUUUCUCAUUCUCUAUAUAGUGUUUGCGCCCAGUGAGGAGCUGUGUCUGUGCUCACGUCUGUGACCUUGUAAAGACACCACUCGCUUCAUCCGUGUUGAGAUCAGAGCUUUCGGUGGAACUGAGUGUCGCGAGGUCGUGGGUGCUUCUCAGAAAAAGCCAGACUCCCACGUUUGCCGAACGGACGCUGAAUCGGGUCGGAGGCGUCUCAUCCCUGCGUCGGGUCUUGGACGAUGCCUCUCAGGCCGCAGCCUCAGGACGGAGCUGCAGCUUCACUGUUUACACGUGUUGGAAAUGAAACUCAGCUGCUGAAGGAUCUUUGUUGGUCGUUUCUUGCACCAUAUUCCAGCCACUGUUCGUAUCCGUCCACUGCUGUUUGUAUAAAUGCUCGUGUGGUGAUGUAAUGUUCUGCAUUGUACUUAAUGUUUAUUAAAGACCUCACUUACAGAUGA